AUGGAGUCAGAGCGUCGUAAUGGCUUUAAGAGAGAUCCAGAUCGCCAGGGCUACUAUGGUAGGCCACUCGAACGAAACCCGAGCAAAAAAUCAUCCUCAAAGGAUCGACACGGUGUGGUUUACCCUGAAAACUUUCGCGACGCAACCAUAAGGACGGUAACACCGGAAUCGAUAUCCGACUUUGCAAAUUCCUCCCCUAUGUCUGACGCUGAGCUCAUUUCGGCAAAUAUGGCGUCUCCGCAUGCCACUCUUCGGGCCAAGCCUCGUGAACGACGACAAGAAUUCAGCCGUCACCAGUCCCCUGGGGAUGACGAGGAGUCAGGAGCGGAGCCAAAAGGUCGACGAAUUCGAUCUAAAACAACUACCCUGGACGACCAACGGAGUGAAAUUUCACCCAACUUUUUGUCGAAAACACGGACACGAGCGAGGCUGGGCUCAGUUAGUACAUCAUCGUCGGGCGCAAAAGUGGACGAUACGUCCUUGUCCAUUGGAUACCCUUCGAUUAUACAGUCCCCAAAUCAACGACAGAGAUUAAGUAAAGCGCCUUCUGGGAGUACUGCACUCUCAACUAAUGCUUCACGUUCAUCAACUUAUGGAUUGCCACUAUCAAACAAUGAUUCAUCUAAAAUACUGGGGCUGAUGAAAACGACGUGCGGUAGAAUGCAUGGUAUUCUUUCUUUUCGGGCUUCUGGUAGCACAUCUUGGACCUCAGGAUAUUGUGCCAUCAAUGUGGCUAGUGGGAGUUUGAUAUAUCAAGCUAAAGGAGAGCCCGCAGCGGCGAAAACACUUAUCCCAGAUCUUAGAGGGUGUCGAGUUCGAACUCUUCUUGAUUCAGAAACGCAAGGUGCAUACCUUAGUGUUUCAACACACUCUUCUGCUCUUGGUGUGCAUUUAAAGCCUCAUGUGGUUGAAACCUUUGAUUCAUGGCUUGCUGCCCUUCUUUGCUGGCAACCCAUUCGGCCCAAAGGAGUACAGAAUAAGAUGACAAAGCCCCAGACUGUGGCAAUUGGAAGCUAUCGUAUUUCGGAACGGAGACGGAAUUCUGAGAGCACAAUACAAAAAGAGGCAGCAAUCAUUAAAGUGGGCCAGAUGCUGCUUUGGGAUAGACAGUCAGCAUCUGGCCUAUCUUCACCCCCCACCCCCAAAAGGAUAUCGACUUUCAGACAACAGCGGGCCUUGUCGCAAUACUGGCGAAAAGUCAGCUGCACACUUCAAGAAAACGGCCAUAUGACAAUCUUUACCGAAACCGACGUCACCUUGAUUGCUUUUAUACAGUUAUCCCAACUUUCACGAUGUGCCGUUCAACAGUUGGAUCCCUCUGUAUUGCAGGAUGAAUUUUGCAUUGCCAUUUACCCUCAAUAUUCUGCCCAUACUGGGGGCGACCAAUUCAGCCGACCCAUUUACCUCUCCCUUGAAAACCGCAUUUUGUUUGAGGUUUGGUUUGUUUUAUUACGUGCUUUUACGAUACCCGAAUUGUAUGGACCUGAACAGCCUCCACCAACUGACGAAACUGCGCGUCCCCACUCACUGGCUAUUUCCACUACCAAUCCAACGCCAGAUAUGUUUCGAAUUGAACGAUUAUUAACAGUCCGCAUAAUAGAGGCCAAAAUGGUCAAUCCAAACAAAGAGUCUAUAGAUACCGUCAAGCCCAAGAAGGUCAUCAAAGCCCAGCCACCUUAUAUUGGCCACAGUACCAAACCCCGUGUUUCUGGUGAUUACUACGCCGAAGUCCUCCUUGAUGGAGAGGUCCAGGCAAAGACAGCCGUUAGAAACGACACAUCUACACCAUUUUGGCGUGAUGAUUUUGCUUUCCAUGAUUUGCCUCCGGUUUUGUCCAAUGCCUCUGUCGUGGUUAAAACUCUAGAUUCUGCGGAGAAGGACUGGAAAUUGAUUGCACGUGGGCCAUAUUCUUUUGAAGACGUCACCAACGGCCCGCUCUCCGUGAUGGAUGAUGUUGAGAUUGCUUCUCACGAUGCUACAUAUGGCAAAGUUGACCUUCGUCUGGAAGACUUGGAGCGAGGCUCUGGCUUCGAGAAGUGGUGGCCGAUUCUAGACGAUCGCGACCGUCAAGUUGGAGAGAUGCUGAUGAAGGUGCAGCUAGACGAAACUGUGGUUUUGAUUGCCAAGGAAUAUGAAGGACUCUCAGAACUACUCCACGCCUUUGCAAAUGGGGUCACUGUCAGUCUUGCUCAGUUAAUUCCCGCUGAGCUCCGUUCCCUCUCUGAAAUCUUGCUUGAUAUCUUUCAAGUUUCAGCACAAGUUGGGGAAUGGAUUAUGGCCCUAGUCGAAGAUGAGAUAGAUGGACUUCACAAAGAUUCCUCUGCAAGCCGGCUUAGAUAUACUAGUAGAAGCCGCAUACACUCGAAUGACUCGUAUGAAUCCACUCAGGAGAGAGAAGCUCUAGUACGCGAUCUAGGUAGAUCGGCUACUGUCGAGGCAAACUUACUCUUCCGAGGUAAUUCUUUGUUAACAAAAUCUCUCGAUAUGCACAUGCGCCGGCUUGGAAAAGAGUACCUUGAAGAAACCAUUGGUGCAGGCCUGAGGGAUAUUGACGAAAGCGACCCUGACUGUGAAAUCGAUCCUAAUAAGGUAAGCCGACAGGAGGAUUUGGAACGGAACUGGCGAAACUUGAUACUUUUAACGAGCAAUAUGUGGACCUCCAUUGCGGGGUCAGCUUCACGCUGCCCUCCCGAACUGAGACACAUAUUCCGACACAUUAGGGCUUGUGCAGAGGAUCGCUAUGGGGACUUCUUGCGAUCAGUCGCUUAUAGCAGUGUUUCCGGCUUCCUCUUUCUCCGCUUCUUCUGUCCAGCUAUUCUAAACCCCAAGUUGUUCGGAUUACUCAAAGAACACCCCCGUCCACGAGCUCAACGGACCCUAACGCUUAUUGCAAAGGCAUUGCAAGGCCUAGCCAAUCUAGCAACUUUCGGAAAUAAAGAGCCGUGGAUGGAGCCAAUGAAUAAGUUCCUACUAUCCCAUCGCACCGAAUUUAAGGAGUUUGUGGACUCGAUUUGCUCUAUACCAGCGGAACGCCCAGCUAAGAUUGUCAACCCAUCGUUUGCCACUCCCAUUCAGAUUUUGAACAGACUACCGCCGACAUCUCGAGAAGGCUUCCCUAGCCUUCCAUUUUUGAUUGAUAAUGCGAAAAGUUUUGCCUCUCUAGUACGACUAUGGCUCGAGACUGCACCUCCAAAUCUUCUUUCCAUGCCUGAUUUAUGCGAAUCUGUGAUCCUAUUCCAUGAGCAAUGCCUUCAAAUCCAACAGCGCACUAAGGACUGUCUCAACAAGGCAGAGCAGGCGGAGCGUCCGAAUGGAGACCUUGAAGUCAAGUGGGAAGAGCUUGUAGAACAAUUUGAGAAAUCUAGCACGUUCUACGACGAGAGUACGAGCCUAGCCACGACACCUUCCGUGGAGACCGCGAUGUCCAGUGUCGCUGCCGCCUCUGGAAACCAUCGAAAUUCCAUUGGUUUUUUCUCCAGGGCGCCUUUUCGGCGCAGAAAUACAGACAUCAGCACUACUAGCGAUGAUGUGGAUGAGCAACAACCGCGCUCAACCACUGCGCCAUGGGAUUCUGCGCGACCAGCCUUCUCUACUCCAAGGUAUUCGGAAACAAGAGAGAGCGUGGACAGUUCGCAUAACUCCUCUAUGUAUUCAUUGGAAUACUCUGAUCAGCAGAGGGGCCGGCAAUCUAGUGUCUCUAAAGAGUCAUCUACAAAAUAUCGAUUCUUAGAUUUGGUUGGCACAUCUCGACGCAAGGCAAAAGAAAAAGAAAAUCUGCAGUCCAUCGCGUCCGACCUAGGCCCCCGAGAUGAAUAUAUAUGA